AUGCAGAGACCUUCUUCAAGGUAUUAUGCUAAAGCAAACAAAGAAACAGUCUUUCCAAACAAUAACAAUGUGAGAGUCACGAGAUCACGAGCUAAGGCCUUAGGAGUGUCAACAUCUCCAUCGAAACCCGUUUUCAAACAUGAACCAAAGCGUGUUCCUAGAGCGAGUAAUAAACGAAUGGCAUCAGAUGUUGCUGCCAAUAACAAGCCGAAGAGACGAGCGGUUCUCAAGGAUGUGACAAACAUUUUGUUUCAAAGUGUUUGUACAGACUCUUUGGGUGGAUGCAAUGUUAAGGCUAGCAAGCGAGGCCGAAAAGAGACUAAGCAAAGAGCCAUGGAAGUUUUGGUAGAUGUGGAUGCUGAAAAAUCAAAACUAGCUGAAGAUUUGUCAAAGAUAAUGAUGGUUGAAUCCUUAGAUGCAUCUGCUCUAAACUGUAAAGAUAGAGAAGUUACUACUGAGCAAAAAGAAGAAGGAUCUGAUGGUUGUCUUCAGGUUGUAGAUAUUGAUUCCAAUGUGCAAGAUCCUCAGUUUUGUAGCUUAUAUGCUGCAAGUAUAUAUGACAGGAACUAUGUUGCAGAGCUUGAACAAAGACCUUCAAGUAGCUAUAUGGUGCAAGUGCAGCGAGAUAUCGAUCCCAACAUGCGUGGGAUUCUUAUUGAUUGGCUUGUCGAGGUUUCUGACGAGUACAAGCUGGCUUCAGAUACACUUUACCUUACAGUGAAUCUAAUUGAUCGGUUCCUGUCUCAUAAUUACAUUGAAAAGCAGAGGCUUCAGCUUCUUGGUAUCACCUGCCUGCUUGUAGCCUCAAAAUACGAAGAGAUUUGUGCACCGCGGUUGGAGGAGUUUUGCUUCAUUACAGACAAUACUUACACAAGACUAGAAGUACUGAGCAUGGAGAUUCAAGUUGUAAACUUUCUGAAUUUCCGGUUAUCAGUUCCCACCACCAAAACCUUUCUCAGGCGGUUUAUCCGAGCAGCUCAGGCGUCUGACAAGGUUCCUCACAUGGAGAUGGAGUUCUUAGCAAACUAUCUUGCAGAACUAACUCUCGUGGAAUAUACUUUCCUAAGGUUCAUGCCUUCUCUAAUAGCCGCUUCAGCUGUUUUCUUAGCAAGAUGGACGUUACACCAAUCUAAUCAUCCUUGGAACCCAACUCUAGAGCACUAUACUAGAUAUGAGACGGCCGCUCUAAAACACACAGUGCUUGCAAUGGAGGAUUUGCAGCUCAACACCAGUGGAAGCACUCUCGUUGCUAUAAGGAAUAAAUACAGCCAACAAAAGUUUAAAAAAGUGGCAACACUAAUAUCUCUUAAAAGUGUCACAACACUCUUCUCAAGAUGA